CAACGAGCACCAAAAAUAAGGAAAGAAACAUAUACCAAAGUAAUACCAGAAUCAGCAUCGAAAAAAAAUAAAAUAAAAUAAAAGACAUUUAAAACGAAAAAGAAAAAAGAAAAAAAAAAUAUCGACAUGGGCGCAAUGGAAUUAGCCUCUCCAGCACUAACCAUAGCCCCUUUGCUUGUCCGAAACAUCGUCUCCUCAGCCUUCAUGUACGCCGACAGCUCCCUUCUCAGCUUAUCCCAAAAGCACAAACUCCUCCAGCACUGCCGCUCCCUCAUCCUCACCAUCUUCCUCUUCGUCCUCCGCGCUCUCCCUUCUCUCUUCCCCUCCCUCGAUUUCGAUCUCGAUUCCUUCCAUAAGCCCUCGAAGAAGGACGACUUUUAUUAUGUUCCCACUAGUGACGACGGAGACGGCGACAGAAUUAGAACGGCGAGUUUGUCCUUCGCCGGUGAUUCCGGCAUAGCCCGGGCCCUUUCCCAGCUUCUGUCCAUCGCCAACGAGAUUCCGGUCAGCUCUCGAAAGUACGAGGUUGUCUGGUUGUUGGUGGAGAAGAUUAUAGACGACAAUCAGAAGAAUGGCGCUCCUGCUCUGCGUAAAGUUAACCGGACGGUUCUUUCGGCGGCUUUCGCGAGGACUCUUUGUCAGCUCGAAGCGGCGUUUGAGGAGCGGGCGUUGGAGGCUGGUUUGGCGGCGGAGGGCGGUCGGCCGGCUGGACCCGUAAAUUCCCGGUUCGGGGGGCUUGUACUGCGGCCGGUUUGGGUGGUUGGGGAGUAUGCCAAGGCGAGGCUGGGGAUGUUUGUGGGGGUCAGGCAGGCGGGGGGGGCCGGGCACCCGCCGAGACGGCUUGGUGGCUCGGCGGAGAAGCUGAUGGCGGAGCUCCACUGGCUGGCGCAUAAGAUGGCGGCCUGCGGGUUCGCGGAGGAAGCCAUUUGGAGGUGGGGGUCGGCUUCGAAUCUGGCGCGGCUUGGAAUUACGGCUGAGCCGAGGCUGCAGUGUUCCCUUGUAAGGAUAUCAGCAUUCAUGUUCAAGCAAGGG